AUGAAUAAGAAAACUACUGAGAUUGCUUCAGCUAAGUCUGAGAGUGCUAAAAUGGUGUUUCCCGAUACUUCCGCUAAAUGGAAAGAACUUGCAAACCUCUUUGAAGAAAGGUGGAAUUUCCCUCAUUGCCUGGGAGCAAUAGAUGGGAAACACAUUGAUAUAAUCCCACCUGCUGACAGCGGUUCUUAUUACUACAACUACAAAGGACGACACAGCAUGGUUCUCAUGGCAAUUGUUGACGCAAGAUACUGA